AUGGUGCCUGUAUGGAGCGGCAAAGCCGGGGUGGACGGCGAGUGCGCGGCGGCGGCGGCAGCAGCGCGGGGUGAGGCGAGUAGGAGCCACAGCGAGGCGGAACGGAAGCGGCGGGAGCGCAUCAACGCCCACCUCGACACGCUGCGAGGCCUCGUCCCCUCGUCGUCCCGAAUGGACAAGGCGGCGUUGCUCGGGGAGGUGGUGCGGUACGUGCGGGAUCUACGGAGCGAGUCGGGCCGCGCGGCCGCCGGCGCGGUUGUUCCGGGGGAAGUCGACGAGGUCAUCGUAGAGGAGGAGGAGGAGCAAGGGAGCAGGCGCAGCUGUGACGCCGGAGAGAAGGCGAAGCGCGUCCAGGCGCGGAUGUGUUGUGACGACCGCCCGGGGCUCAUGACGGAGCUGGGCAACGCGGUGCGGUCCGUCGGCACGAGGGCGGUUCGCGCGGACAUCGCCACCGUCGGCGGGAGGAUCCGAAGCGUCCUGGAGCUCGACGUCACGCAGACGGCGGCGGGCGGGGACAACGUGGCGUCCCUGCCGGCGCUGCAGGCCGCGCUUCGCGCCGUGAUCAUCAGCCGGGAGGAGCUGCUUGCCAUGGAGGGCUACAAGCGGCGGCGCUUUUCGUCGCAUUUCUGUAAGGAGACUUAG